AUGAAGCGGCGCGGUAGGCUAGCAUUGCUGCUGCCGUUGUCGGUGUUGCUGAUCGCCACAACAAUUUGUGCAUCGCCAACGUCUAUUAGAAAUGAAAUAACAGCGGAAGUAGAGCAGGGGACCACCUCGGCGACAGUCAAAACCCCCGGGAAACCUGAGCCAACGGUAUCGAUCACCGAGCGACCGACGACAACCAAUCAACCGGACGUCACUACCAGGCGAACAUCUUCUUCUUCUUCUUUAACUCGCCCCAUUAAAGUGUCACACGAUCAACUUCAUGAUGCUGAAGACAAUACAAAGGAACUUAUAAAUUUCAAAAAUAAUCGGCUACAGGAAAUUCUAAAGCGAGACAAAAAGGUACCCGCUGAAGACUUGGUCAAGUUGACAAAGCCCGUUAUCAAUCCCGGAGACGCUUUGUUGCAAGAGAUUAAUACAUGUAGUAGACUGAUAGACAACCAGUCCUUUGGUCCAGGCAUCGCCCACUUAUUGAUAGAGAAUGCCGGUGAGAUCAGACUCGGCCCACACGCUCUACGUGAUCGUGAUUUAGAACACAUAGAAACAAUUACCAUUGUUGAUACCCGCGUGUCUCAUAUUGAUCUUACAGCCUUCGACGGCAUUACCUACCUAUUCGCCGUUAAUUUGAGCCGGAACGGCAUCAUUGACAUUCAUCCCGACACCUUUGAAAAUAACACACAGCUUAACUUGCUCACCAUCUCGGGCAAUCCCUUCUGGCGUGACUGGUCCGUCACCAAAGAUUACUUACUAAAUGCCCCGAGUGUAACUGAGUUCGACUUUUCUUGGAACUCAAUGCCGCAUCUACCGAAUUCCGCGUUCUCGAAGAUGCCAACCCUGGCGUACUUGAACCUCAAGCAAAACCGACUGAGCAAUAUCGACAGAGCGAUUUUCAAACCUCUGAGUUCAUUGGUAGAGCUGGACCUGAGCGGAAACCUCCUCACUGAUUUGCCUUCCGACGUCUUUGAAGGAACCGACCUGCAGAGUUUGAAGCUCAACGACAACUUCUUGACCUCUUUGACAUCUGUAAACGCGACGUCGCUGGACAUUCUCGACGUGUCGAACAACCGCAUCAAGGUAAUCGCCAAGGGUGACCUGGACAACGUCCCGUCUCUCGAGCAGCUGAUCAUUUCGGGCAACGAACUGAAGAGAAUCCACCAGCAUGCCUUUUCAGAGCUGGACCAACUCGAGCACUUGGACAUCAGCAACAACAAGCUUACAUCCUUCACUGAGCACCACCUCAGAAACAGCCCAAGAUUGGAGGUCCUGUUGAUGAGCGACAAUCCAGAUCUUGGAUCUCUGCCGGUCUUCAAGAUAAACGGACUUGAGUAUAACACUUACAGCGUCUACCGGUUCGAAUGCGCCAAUUGUGGACUCGUUGAGCUCAAGAGCGGGACUUUCAACGCUAUGCCGGCUAUCGCGAACCUCAAUCUCGCGGGAAACAAACUCGCUGGACUGCCCAAGGAUCUGUUAUCGCCGUUGUCUUCUUUGCGAGAGCUAGAUCUCUCGGACAAUAUGAUUGCAUUCAUACCGAGUGACAUGCUUCGCGGCGCAGUCUCUAUGACGAAAUUAAAUCUCGCCGGAAAUCCGCUGAUGACUCUUCAGGUUACGCCUUUCUUACAGGCGCCAGAACUUACACGGCUUGAUGUCAGCAGAUGCAUGUUGAAACGGGUUUGGACUGAAGCUCGUCAACACUUUAAAUCACUUCGAUUUUUGUCAGUACGUGGAAACGAAUUGGAACGUAUUACAGUUGAAGAAUUGAAAGCGACACCAAAACUGUCAGGCCUGGAUAUAUCACAGAACCCAUUGAACUGCGAUGCCGAGUUUGACGGCGCUAUUCAGUGGCUGAAGUCCCACGGUGUUAUUCCCACGGAAACCGUAAGGUACAUCAGCAACCUUGUCGCCAGCGAAACAGAGCAACAUGAGCCUUCGGGUGAAAGUGUCACCAGCUGGUCAGACCUCGCGAAAUUGGUCUGUGAGGACGAAUUGGAUAAACCAAUUCUGCGACCAGUCCCACAGAAACCUCCAACCCGCGACGAUGAACCGACUGACGAAGCUGCUGCUGAAAUUUCAAAAUCUGAUCUCGGUGAUAUGAAAUUCAUUAAGACUUUCCCCGGUCAUAAAAAUAAUCCUGUCGAGGACGUUUGGUUGGAACUGGAUAAAAACAUCGAGUACGACGAUUACUCAAACGAUCAAGUGUCCAGUGGUUACCGCACCUGGUACAGCACUGCGAUGUGGUCAGUCCUGACUAUUGGUCUUGUAACACUAGGUGUUCUUCUGAUAAUAAUCCAGUUCGCGCGAUACAUGGCCAAUCGCAGAGGCCGCGGACCUGUUAUCAGACCGCCCAUGAUUCUGCGCCAGGGUCUUGUGGACAACAAGAAUUGCGGACUGGUCUACAAACCUCUCCAAGAGGAAAUUGCAACUCCUCAGCUUCCGAAAAAACCCAGCGGGUACUCUCGCGGGCCUUUUCACUACAAACAAAUAGUGCCUGAAAGCAGCUAA